UAAUACCUUAUCUCAAGCGAUUUUAAAAGAGAGUGCAUUUCACACUAGGUGUGGCAGGCACACCUAAGUAUUUGCGAUAUCACUGUAUCAUCUCACACCUGUCUAAUUUUUACCCUAGUGCGCCUAGUAAAGAAUAUUUUGAAUCAGUAGGCACUCCGCCGCUCCACGGCUCCACCUCGGCCUCCUCACCACCACCUGCUUCUCCCAACAUAAGCGAUUCCUCCUCGGCUCUCGCAUCUCGUCGUCACUCCGGUUCCCCGCUCUUCGACUCUGCCACCUUCAAAGUCCCUGCUCCCCUCGGCUCUCGGUACUCUAAAUCCCCAGCUCGGCAGCUCCUCGCCUCCACGCACCUCUCCGCCUAGGCGCCUAGCCUCCGGAGCUCCGCCUAGCCUCCACCACGUCGAGAAACUAUGAGUUUCACUCUGAAGAGAAAGAUAGUGCAAUUCUUAAAUUGGAGAAGGGAAACGUUCACAAGUUUCCAUGCCGGUUGGCGUGAGAAACUAUCAGUUGGAACAAUGAAUAGUGUCAACUUGUUGCCAAAUGAGGCUACGUUUCGUGAAGUGGUGGUUCUUAUGCCGUGCGGAAAACCUUUUAACAUGAUGUUCAGAGACUUCGAUUUGUACCUGGUUGCGUUCAAACCAAUAGGACAUAGAAAAUGGAAACAAAUCGUGUCGUCAUUAGAGGACAAAUGGGUUUUCCCCCGGGGAAAAGCUGAUCGAAUUUACGUCCUUGGUAACUACGGCGAACUUCUCAGUAAAGGGGGCUUUAAAGAGAACAUAGCCGACAUACCAAUCAGCAGCUCCACUUUAAAAGAUGCAAUAGUCAGACUUGGAGAAGAAUGCACAGAGCAAAAGAUUGCCAACAACAGCUACUCGGAGAAAAAGAUCGCACGCGCAAUUUUGCAAUUGUUAAUUUUCUUCCCCGAGAGUGCUCGAUUUGAACAAGUCCAGCGACAUUGCGCGGACCGCCUGGAGCCGGUGAGAGCCAAACACCACGAUGAGAUCUGUCGUGGUUACAGCAAAAAUAUCCGUCAAUUAAUCAACAAUUGGAAGACGCUGUCGAGCAUUGCAUUGACCAGUUUGAAAGACAGGUGUACACACUGUGCGUUGGAGAAAUUACAGUUGGUAACAAGAGACAACGAAGCUCUUAUAUUUGUGGGGGAUGCAAGGAAGGAGUUAAAACUCCUACACGGGAAAUCGUUCGACAAAAGCUAUUAAAAUGCAAUGGAAGUACGAGGAAUUCAUUGAUUUUGAGAUGAAGAAGCCUGCUGCCACCUGGUGGAAGAACUUUGAGGUUUAUAUAAUUGAAUCAUCAAGAAACGUUUCCUUCACUAUGGAAAAACCGAGAGAGAUUUACUCUUACAUGAUGACUCGAUUCUUGUCAUAUGUAUGGGCGGUGUACAGAGUCCCAAUCACUGUUGAGAGAAAAAUUAGGAGUAAUGAGAACUCAGAUAUUUUUUAUAUCGACCAGGCGGAAUGUAAACUUCGAUGCCAGAGUGCUGCUCUCCAGAUUCAAAUUGGCCCAAAAGAUGACUUAAAGGGGGGUCUUGUUGACCUGGUCACCAUGAACUACUUUGAUGUGGGAAAAAUGCAACUGAACAUGCCAACUGAUAUCAUAGAGUUGGCCAAAGAACGGCUUCUCUUAAUCAAAGCUGUGUCAGAGGUCGAUGAUGAGCUUGAUGAAGCAUCCCGUAGAGGUGACCCUGUAUCAGCUGCGGAACUUGAGGACGCUAUUCAGAGAGCUACGGUAUCUCUGAAGUGUGUGCCCGUGUUCAUGGGAGUCCAACGAUUUAUCGUUCCUACUGAAGUUAGUAACUAUGCUGUUGACCAAUCUAAGAGUGAAGAAAAGGUUCGUCCGGUUGUUGCGUUAGCAUUCAAGUUGGAAGAAGGCCGAUAUGGGCAGCUGACAUAUUUGAGAACAUAUGAAUGCAACAUUACUAAAGGUGAUCUUUUUAUUAAUAUGGAAGCUGGGAGGAAAAUUAAGGUCCCUCAAUUUGUUCACGUGAAUUCAAAAGAAUUGGAGAUUUUCAAAUAUCUGAAAGAGAUUCAGAAAAAUGACCCCGCUUUUCGUGUGGGUUUAAACAAUGAAACUGGCCAGGUUGACGGAAUUGGACAACCACACGUAAUCUUCCGAGAAAAAAUUACUAAGCGUGUUGAGUUCGACUAUGAACACAAGAAGCAGAGUCAAUAUGGAAGGGUUAUUGGGUAUAUGGAACCACUCGACCUGGGCUCCCUAACUAAGUUUGAAUUCUCGAACAUGCUUGUUAGACAAGCCAUACCUUCUAAUUUUAUGCCAGCAAUUGAAAAAGGGGUUCUCUUAUUGGGCACCCCUGUGGAAAAUAUCCGUAUUGUCUUGACAGAUGGUGCAGCGGAUAGUGUGGAUUCGAGUGAACAUGCUUUUAAAUUAACGGCCAUUAAUGCUUUCAGAGAGUGCUAUAAAUCAGCACAACCUAUUAUAUUCGAGCCUGUUGUGUUUGUCGAGUUGGAAUUCCCUACUAAAUUUCUGAGCAUCGUGAAGGACCAUAUUAUCAAGAUGAAAGGCACGAUUAUCGAGGAAGAGCUGAAGUCACGUAAAUGUUUGAUUCUUGCAAAGGUCUCUCUCAACAAUAUGUGUUGCUAUUCUACUGCCCUCCGGUCAAUGACUGAGGUUAGAUGGUGAAUUUGUUCUAUACAGUGUUAGUUAUAUUAGAUGAAACAUACAGUAAUUAACUUGAAUUUUAUUUCAUCUAGGGCAAAUGUAAGGUAAGUAUGGAUUAUGAAUAGCACUCACAAGUUUCUGAGGACGUGUUGCGACAGUUGGUGAAUGCCUACAAGGCAACCUAAGGGGAUACUCUGUAAUUGCUGUUAAUUUUGAAAUGUAUUGCUGUUCAUUUCAUCUAUUGUAAUACACAUCCGUUGAUUUUGAGACGGUUCUCUGUUGU